AUGUCCAUCGCUUCAUGUUUAGUUGACAGAUGGACGGAGGAAAACAACACGAUUAUUACCAAGUGGAAGGAAUGUGAAAGAUGUUAUCAAGGAAAUCGGAGCGUUCAGAUGCAAUACUACACAGAAAGUCUCAAACUGUUGCGGAAGAUUCAAGGCAUACCCCCUGACUUUAAAAACCUAGAGGUCGAACUGACCGUUGCAUACAACACCUUUCUGUUUUCGCUGAGAUACUGCGAGAGGAAUGAGGCGAAAGAGCUACUCACCCAGUGUCUCAACAGACUUACAGAGGCGGUUGGAUGUCAGGUUGACAGUUCAGAGCCAGGUGAUGUGUGGUUGUCCGUGCUGCGGACAGUUAGCGACCCGGUGUCGGUGUCCAGCGUACACAGGCUGUUGCUUGUCCAGUGGGCCCUGUGGCUGCCUGGACACCAGUUUGAGAGGAUCCAUCAACUGCUUGUGCAAGUCAACCACACAGGAGCAGAGAUGACCUCAUCCCUCAGUGAUCUGCUGGCAGAAACCGGAGACCUUGGCUUGAGUGUGGAGCAGAGCCCCGCCCUGCAGGUUGCCAUGGUAGCCAAGGAACUCAAGGACCUCUUGCACAUCUGCACGGUUAUUGCAAGAGGUAUUGAGCAAAUAAAAGAGGGGAAACACUCGGAGGCACUGGUGGGGUUUGAGAGAGCGAAGGCCUUGUCCACGCCCAGAGUUCUCCUGGCCCAGACGCAUAAUCUCGCCGGCCGUUGCUUUGCCUCUCUGGGUCUGCCUCAGAGUGCCCUCCGCAGCUACAGACAAGCGUUAGAGGUGGACUUUGGUUGCCUGAGUUCACUGCAUCACAGCGCAGUGUUGUACGCAGAGCUUGGAAACAGUCAGGCUCAAAUGGAAGCUCUGAGACUCCUCCACUCUGCAGUGAUGUUGCAGAGUGGCGACAGACCUGACCCUGUCUCUGGUUCACUCGUCUCUCCCGCCGUGUUACUCGGCACUGAACACACGGCGUUCAUCAGUGCGGUGCCGUCUCCUCCCGUCAUACUCUACACCCUCGCACACGCCUGUGUCCUCAACCGCCGGAUUUCAGAUGGAGCUGAGUUUUAUCUUGACCUUCUGGCGUCUCUCCAGUCAGACAACAUACCGUUUGUAAGUGAAACCAGCACAGACUUUCCCAGAAUUCCCGAGCUUUACCUGGAGGUGGCGUUCACUCUGCUCAGAGCCGGCAGGUUCUGGGACGCUGUCGCCGUUUGUGAUGAGAUCAUCACCAGGACUGCUGACCUCAUCCCCGAGAGAAUGACGCUUGACCUUCCUUUGACCUGCUACCGGUUACCUAGCGACGCAGCAUCAGCAACACUGACAGACAAAGGGCCGGAAUCAGUGAUGGAGAAGCUGGACUGUGUGGUGUGGACCGGGGCAGCCCACUUCCUCCAGGGCCACGCUUACUGGCAGCUCAUGGAUACCAAAGAGGCCAUAACCAGUUUCACCAGAUCUGUGGGUGUACUGGUGAAGGUGUGCAUUAGUCAGAGAGGUGGUGUGUGUGGGCAGGGGCGCGGGGAGGCAGGGCACAGGGUUUUGGAGACACUGAAGAGCCAGGCGUUGGCUGCCAGAGCGGUGUGUUUCUCUGAGAGAGGACAGCUAAAAGAGUCUUUACGGGACCUCCAGCUCAGUCUUCAAAUCUCGCCCGGAUGCAGGAGCGCGGAGCUGUGGCGGGUGGAGGUGCUGUGGAGGCUGGAGAGGAGGGAGGAGGCACAGGCCUGUUGGAGAGCAGCUCGCAGCUCCACAGAGACUCCAUCAUUAGAAGAUCUUCCCCUGUAUCUGCAAGGAUUUUACUCAGACAGCCUGUCCCUAGACCACAACAACCUUGAGAAGAAAAUGGAGAAAUUCAUUCAGAGUGGACACAAGACGUAA